AUGCUAAUACCAAUUUCAAUCUGCACAAAACUUUGCCGCCAUUUUAGUAGCUCUCUACCAAAACGUCCAAUAUUUACGAAUGUGCCAUGGAAGUACAAGAAUCUAGCUAUCAAGCAAGCCCAGCAAGCUGUAACAGAUUAUCUACACUCAACAAGAUCACUACCAUACACUUAUGCAGAUCAAAUAAGCAAGCAUUCUCUUGUUUCUCUCUCAAAUCUCGUCUCCAACAUUCAUUUCUCUGCCCCAACAUUCGCUACUUCACUUCAAAAGUAUCUCAGGUACCACCCCAUUAAUGAAUUAGAGUUUUUUUAUGAAAGUAUUGGGAUUGAUUAUGACGAGGUUAAUGGUUUUUUGUCUAAUGACAAGUUUUUUAUUUCUGAAGAGGGGAGUGCUAUGAAUGUUUCUUGUGUCCUUUGUGCUUUUGGGUUUCCUUGGAAUAAGUUGGGGAUGUUGUAUAAAGAGAAGAAGGAUAUUUUUAGUAUGAGUGGGGAGGAGGUGAAGUCUAGGCUUUGUGGUUUUAAGGGUUUUGGUUUUAGUAAUACAUCGGUGAUUGGUAUUUGUUUGGCGUUUCCUUAUGUGUUGAGAGGUGAAUUGAGUGAGGAGAUUGGUGCUUUAUUUGAUGAUUUGAAAAGGGUUUUCGUGGAUUUUGAUUUGGGGAAUUGUGUUGAAGGAAAUGUGGAUGCUUGGUAUGAGAUUUGUAGAAAAAUUCGGGUGUUUUAUGAUUUGGGUUGUGAGAAAGGGAAGGUAGGGCAGUUGCUGGGGAAGAGUAAAAGGAUUUUUGUUGAUUACCCAGAAGAGGUUUUGGUUCAAAAGGCUGAGUAUUUUUGUAAAUUUGGUGCUAGAAAGGAGGAUGUUGGUUUUUUAUUACUAAAGAAGCCUGAGAUUUUGAAUUUUCAGUUGGAAAGGCAGGUGAUUUCAGUUAAGGGGCUGUUAAGGCAUUUUGGGUUGAGUGCCGAAGAAUUGAAAUAUACUGCUCAAAAUUAUGCUCAUGUAUUCGGCCGAAAUAAAAUGGCCAAUUUACCACAUGUGGUGAGAGCUAUGGAGUUACAUGAUUGGUUUUUCAAUAAAAUUAAAGAUGGGAAUCAUCAAUUGCUAGCUAGUUAUGCCAUGAGCGAUCCUGAUGAAGAUUUGGAUGAAAAAUACAGAGAUUGCUUGGAAAGGAUCCAACGUACAAGAACCCCCUUGCAUACAAUGAAUAAGUUGGAGUUCUUGCAUGCAAUCGGGUUUGGAGAGAAUGCUUUAACUAUUAAGGUCUUAAGUAACUUGCAUGGCACUGAUAGUGAAUUACAAGAACGAGUUGAUUGCCUUCUUCAUUAUGGGAUUGUAUUCUCGAAGCUUUGUUCAAUGAUAAGAAUGAUGCCGAAGAUCCUUAGCCAAAAACCUGAGAUACUGAGACAAAAAUUAAACUAUCUUUGCCAGGACAUGAAAUCCUCCUUGCAGUACCUUGAUAUUUUUCCUUCCUUUUUGUGCUUUAACUUGGAGAAUCGGAUUAAACCCAGACAUAGAUUUCAUAAGUGCCUCACAGAAAAGGGUUUCUGUAAGCGCGAGUACUCCAUUGCAAGCAUUGUUGCAACCAGUGACAAGGGUUUUGUAGCUCGCCUACAUAUAAUUCAUCCAGAUGCUCCAAAACUUUGGCUUGAGUUCUCUAGUACAAAAAGCCCAAUAAAAGAUGGAGAACAGUAA